UUUAAUGCGUCAUGUACAAAAAGUAGAACACUACUUUUUUCCGAAUGUGUUAGAACUGUUGGUGAUAUUGAUACAACCAUAGGAUUGAGAUUAGAUUGUGUUACUCGAUGGAAUUCCACUUUUAUAAUGCUACAGAGUGCGCUUGUUUAUCGUCGUGCAUUUUAUAGCUUAAGUUUACGGGAUUCAAAUUUUAAGCGUUGUCCUACAAGUGAAGAGUGGAGAAGGGCUGAAAUAAUGUGUGAGAUUUUGAAGCCAUUUUUCACUAUUACAAACUUGAUAUCUGGCUCUUCAUAUCCUACAUCAAAUCUGUACUUUGGUGAAAUAUGGAAGAUUGAGUGCCUCAUAAGAUCUUAUUUGACAAGUGAAGAUCUUUUAAUUCAAAAAAUGGCUGAAAGUAUGAAGGUGAAAUUUGAUAAGUAUUGGAGUGACUAUAAUGUUGUUUUGGCAGUUGGGGCUGUUCUUGAUCCAACCAAAAAGUUUAACUUUUUGAAAUUUGCUUAUGAAAAACUUGACCCACUCACUAGUGAGGAGAAGUUGAAAAAAGUUAUGACUUUGGGGAAGCUUUUUUCCGAGUACAUCAAGAAUGGAAUUCCUUCUAAUCUAAGCUCUUCACAAGUCCAGCCUAGCUAUGGUGGAGGAACUCGAAUUACAUCAUCUUCAUAUGAUGAAUUUGAAGAAUAUGAAAGCCAAUCAAGUAACAACACCGGAAAAUCAGAACUUGAUACUUAUUUAGAUGAGUUGUGGAUGCCUCUAUCUCAAGAAUUUGAUGUCUUAGCUUUUUGGAAGGAAAGAAGUCGUAGAAGUCCAAAUCUUGCAAGGAUGGCUUGCGAUAUAUUGAGUAUUCCAAUAACAACGGUGGCAUCAGAAUCUGUGUUUAGUAUUGGCGCCCGAGUUGUGAAUAGGUAUAGAAGUUAAAUGAAAGAUGAUUAUGUUCAGGCUCUCUUGUGCGCACGUAGCUGGUUACAUGGUUUUGAAGAAUUAUAUGAUGAGAACAAUGAUGUUCAAGAAGAUGAAACUCAUGGAAGUGGACAAGCAUCAAAUAGUACUGUGGAUGUUGUGAACCUUGAAGAAGAUUAAGUGACUUUGUUGGGAGUGACUUUUUGGAUUAAAA